UCCAAGGCAACGAGAUUUCAGCACCACCUCCGCCGUCCAGCGCGCGAGAACACAUCCGUAACGAUGGCACCGCGAAUGGACGCCUUUAACAUCAUAUAACGCGGAAUAGCUCCUGAAAAACGAAGUCAGCGAAAUGACAGCGUAAAAUAACACCACGAGGAGGCAGCGACUAUUAUCCGUGAGUGUGUACCAUAGUUGAGGACAGUCAUGCCUCUUGUGAAGAGGACCAUUGAGCCCAGGCACCUGUGCAGAGGAGCUCUGCCUGACAGGGUGACCAAUGAGCUGGAGUGCGUCACCAACAGCACACUGGCAGCCAUUAUUAAACAACUGGGAGGGCUCAGUCGGCAUGCAGAGGACAUCUUUGGGGAGCUGUUUAAUGAGGCCAACAGCUUCUACAUACGCAUGAACAGCUUACAAGAGCGUGUUGACCUGCUGGCAGUGAAGGUCACACAACUGGACUCCACCGUGGAAGAGGUGUCCCUACAGGACAUCAACAUGCGGAAGGCUUUCAAGAGCUCCACUAUCCAGGACCAGCAGGUGGUGUCUAGAAACUCCAUACCGAACCCUGUCAUGGAAGUGUACCAUCGCUGUGACAAACCACCCCCUCUAAACAUCCUAACACCCUACAGGGAUGACAAAAAAGACGGGCUCAAAUUCUACACAGAUCCCUCCUACUUCUUCAACCUCUGGAAGGAAAAGAUGCUGCAAGCCACAGAAAACAAGAGGAAAGAGAAACGAAGGCAGAAGCAAGAGCAAAAACAUGUGGAGGAUCCCACUCGGGAGGUCAAAAAAGUCCGUAAAGCUCGGAACCGACGCCAGGAGUGGAAUAUGAUGGCAUACGACAAGGAGUUCCGCCCGGACACUCGACUAACACCAUCUCCUUACCACGGCAUGUCCUCGGAGGGGUCUCUCUCACCUGAUAGGUCUGGCAUGUCAGAUGAGCACUCGUACCCAGCCAGUCCAAACAAUCCACAAGAGGCAGCUGGUGCUGGGGUUGAUGGGAAAGACUCGGGCCCCACACAGACUCAGUCUCUGGACCGAGCAUACCGGCCUCCAGCCUCAGCCACAUCUGCUGCAGCCCGACAGCACUCUCUGGGACGCGUGCAGGCACACCACGGACCCCUGCCGGCAGACUCCUCCCUCAACGGACCACGUCCAACAGCUGCCAAAGAACACAGUGGUCAUCAGUUACCUGAACAUUUUGUCCCACCUGCACCUCCUCCACCUCCUCCGCUCAUCCCGUCAUCUCAAACCGCCUUUGACAGCACGUCUGGACACCCGUUACUGGCUCCGGGUACAGUAGCUGCUCUUUCACGCUCCUACAGCCCUUCUCCUCCACCAGUUCCGCCAUCUGCCUACGUCCCCUCCCCUUCACAUCCUGUGAUAGGCGGCCCACCAGUGGCCCCGCCUCCUCCUCCACCAGGUCCUCCCACCCACGCCCCAUCCCCAGCCCGAGUUAAACGUCCAUCUGGAGAGUCCACUCUACCCAGGAAGGGGCAGGUGCCUCUCAUCCCCAUGAGCGAUGCGCGCAGCGACCUGCUGGCCGCCAUCCGCAGAGGUAUCCAGCUGCGUAAGGUGCAGGAACAGAGAGAGCAGGAGGCCAAGAAAGAGCCGGUAGGUAACGACGUGGCCACCAUUCUGUCCCGACGCAUCGCAGUGGAGUACAGCGAAUCAGAUGAAGACUCUGAGCCAGAGGAGAACGAGUGGUCUGACUGAAGUGCCACC